AUGGCACAUGGACCAUUCCAAUUGCAUAUUUCGAAGUUUGAUGUGUGUCAGGGACCUAAAAACAAAAAUUGCACGUAUUUGGCUCCCUCAGGGACGGUAAUUAGCAAUGGAAAGCUGGUCACAAAUGUUACAGUUUUGGAAAACACAACUCCGUCUAAGGGAAAAAUAUUGGCUCUGUCGAAUGGUAAAGAGUUGCUCAGACUCCAAAUGAACAACCCGUGUGAACAUCUGUUCCUCAGACCAUUAUUAGAGAAAAUGUUUAAGGUUUCAAAAAACUGCAUGAUCUUGAAGGGUGACUACAAUAUAAAAAUUAACGUGCAGGAAAUGGUGGACGAUUACUUUGGUGGAAAGUUUUUCUACGGGGAUAUGUCUUUUAAAACUAUAUUCUAUGGAAACGAUUGCAACUUUUCCUGCAGUAAUCUCUUCCUGACUAUUAUUCCUAAAAACUAGACUCUUGGGCUUUCGCUAUUAAU